UAUUGCCCAAGAAUUUGUUCUAGUUACUCCUCUGUGAGUCGCGCAAACGGUCCACUGAACAAGCAGCAACUGGUAUGCUAAGGCACAUUUUUCUAGAUAUUCAGAGCUUCAUGCAUUAAGUGCACUAACGAAUGUCAUGCCAUUAAUUGAAAAGUAGUUCAAUGAAACAUUGCGAAAUGGAAAAUGCAUUGUUUCGAGUAGAAAACUUAUAACGCCAAUUUUCCGAGGAAGAAAGCGAUCAAUGAGAAGACCAAAAAGAUUGAUUUUGCUACAUGACAUGAAAACACUCCAUCGAAAUAAUGGCAAAAUAUUAUCUUUGUCGAUGAGUCCAAAUACAGUAUCUUCAGCUUUUGCUUUUGCUGUCGAUUUUUUUCUUUCUAAUGGUGUUUUUGCUUGAACCUGAAACUGAGUCAGGUUCUAACCCCAACCGCUGUCAGUUCAUACAUUUUGACAGCAGUUGGGGUUAGAAACUGACUCAGUUUCGCCUCAAACGAAAACCACAUAAACGAAGUGCGGGAGAAGUCGAUCAAAGCUACAUCCUUUGUGCUAAGUCAUGAAGUCAUUGUUACGAAUUUAAUAUGGUUUCACAAUUUCUAUCUUAGAAAUUUUAAUAAAUGAUUAUACCAUGGAUACAAUUUAACCUUUUCCAAAGAUCAUAUUCCACAUUUUUCAUUCGAAACAGACGUUACCACGUCACAACAAAUGAUGAUUGCUCAAAUUUAAUGCAGAACCUGUUUUCUAGCGGCUUUCAAUGUUUGUACUUCCAAUUAUUAAGAUACAGGAAAAAGAAUAAUCUGACACACUGGUGUAUGUAUGACGAUCAGUUGCCGGUAACGUAACUUUCGAGUAUAUUGCACGCAACGAAGCGUGCGAGACGUGAUCACACUUUUUACAUCGAAUAUUUUUGAUUUCGCCGUGAUGUUGGACAAGGAAACUGGAGAAGUGGACUAUGGUCAGUACAAAGAAGGUUCCCUGUACUACGAUGCGGAAACGGGCGAAAACAGUUCUUAUCCGACGUUCGAGCUGCGCCGGGAACGGGCCAAAUUUUCCAUUCCGAAACAGUAUCUGCGAAAUAAUGCAGUGACAACCAAUCGGAAGGAGGGCUGCAUUUAUAAACUCGACAGUAGCUAUCCGUUGGCCAGUCGGGAAAAAGUUAUGAAUUUGAAGAAGGAAACCAUCCUUGGUUACAAUAAAACGAGCCAUCUGCUACUGCUGAUACCGUCGCUUUUCAUUGUGUCCAGAGUCGCCGCCAUACUCAUCCUCUCCGUCGAAGCUGCUCUUCAUAUCUGGGCGCAUAAAAAGAAUAGCAACAACCCGAACCCGAACGUCUACUACAGAAGUCCAAUGCAUGUAACGUCCAGGCAUUUUUGUGGAAUUUGUCGCGAUCAACGGCAGAUGGAUCGAAUUGAACAGCUACAAGACAAGAGGAUGAAACAGAUGCAGAACUAUUUCCGAAGCGUAGCGAGGAACAUUGCUUAAUUUUUUUGCAGAUAUUAUUAAAAAUAUUUGUCUUAAAGAUGCAAUAAAGAUUAAUAAAAAGCUUUUGUUUAAGAA